UUAUUUAAUUUAAAAUUCGAAAAUACCACAUAUGAGGUUCUUCUUCUUCGACUCGUCUUUUCGAUUCUUUUGCUUAAACCCAGAAAAAUGGAAUCAUGCCUAGAAUUGUCUCUGAAGCUAAAUCCUUGCCUCACUCCUCUUACUCCGCUCCACCCAUUCACGCCAUGUUCGUAUUCGCCGCCGCUCCGUCUCUCUUCUUCCUACUCCCGCCGCCUCUAUUCUCAGGUCACCGUCAACGCCGCGAGGAAACUCAACCAAAACGUCAGUUCUGAAUUCGAUGAUAGAAUCAACGGCGCUUUAUCUCCCGACGCCGAUUCCCGCUUCCUCGACCGUCAAAAGGCGUUAGAGGCAGCUAUGAAUGACAUCAACAGCUCAUUUGGUAAAGGAAGUGUUACAAGAUUGGGGAGUGCUGGUGGAGCACUAGUGGAAACUUUUCCGAGUGGUAUAUUAACUCUUGAUCUUGCCUUAGGUGGAGGCCUGCCGAAGGGUCGUGUAGUUGAGAUAUAUGGACCAGAAAGUAGUGGCAAGACCACGCUAGCACUCCAUGCUAUUGCUGAAGUGCAGAAGCUUGGAGGCAAUGCAAUGCUUGUGGAUGCAGAGCAUGCCUUUGAUCCAACGUACUCUAAAGCAUUAGGUGUUGAUGUAGAGAACUUGAUAGUGUGCCAGCCAGACAAUGGCGAAAUGGCUUUAGAAACUGCAGACCGUAUGUGUCGCUCAGGUGCGGUUGACCUUAUUUGUGUUGAUUCUGUUUCAGCACUUACUCCACGAGCUGAGAUUGAAGGUGAGAUUGGAAUGCAGCAAAUGGGUUUGCAAGCUCGUCUUAUGAGUCAAGCUCUUCGUAAAAUGUCAGGAAACGCCUCUAAAGCUGGUUGUACGCUUAUUUUCCUAAACCAAAUAAGAUACAAGAUUGGCGUGUACUAUGGGAAUCCGGAGGUGACAAGUGGAGGCAUUGCGUUGAAGUUCUUUGCAUCAGUCCGGCUAGAAAUUCGUUCUGCUGGGAAGAUCAAAUCUAGCAAAGGGGAUGAAGAUAUUGGUCUUCGAGCUCGUGUAAGAGUGCAGAAAAGCAAGGUGUCAAGGCCGUAUAGGCAAGCAGAGUUUGAGAUUAUGUUUGGGGAAGGAGUCAGUAAACUGGGAUGCGUUCUUGAUUGUGCUGAAAUAAUGGAGGUUGUGGUGAAGAAAGGUUCUUGGUACAGCUAUGAAGACCAAAGGCUCGGGCAAGGAAGAGAGAAAGCACUGCAACACUUAAGGGAAAACCCUUCUCUUCAAGAAGAAAUUGAGAAGAAAGUGAGAUUAUUGAUGUUAGAUGGAGAAGUUCAUCGAUCAACUCCUUUGGUGAGGAGCAGCUCUUCCCCGGCUUCGCAUCAUGAAGAAGAAGAAGACUCGCUUGACGAUUUCCAAUGACUUAGCCAAGACUUAGGGAUCUAAUACAUUUUAGACCAAGAUCUUCCAAAUCAUGUUCAUCUCUUGUUUCAUGAUGACACCAAAUGGUUCUGUACCAAUAUAUAUGUUGAAUCGAAGAUCAUUCUUGUGCAACAAAAUCUUCGAAAAUUGGAGGAUGGGAAUCACAGGAAGAUGAAUAUAUAUAUAAACACUAGAAGUCUUUUAUAAAUUCAAAAGUAUUUCUGAGUU